AUGCCAUCCCGACUCGGCGGGCCCCACUCAGAGCCCAUCGGUGCCUUCCGACUUUGCGGUCAAGUUACAUCAUUCGUCUCGGUCAUCUCCAGCUCCGUUUUGCUGCGUGCCUCGUCUGCCUCGUCAUUGGUAGAUCGACAAGACAUCAACGGUCAGCAAUCGUGCGAUGAAACAUAUGCCAGGGCCGAGUCUCCCGUCAUUGUCCAAUACCAUCUGGCAAUCCACGAGUCAGCCUUUCAACUCUUGGGUAGGGCUGAGUUCACUGCCCACGCGAUUGCAGACUUACUAGGUAGUUGUGCGCCGCCGCAACUCGAUGGCAUGAUGCAAGGCCCGAUCGACAGAAACGAGUGCCAGAGCGACGCUUAUCCAGCACAGCUAAGUGACCAACACCCUCCAAUCUGUUCCGCUCAGUUCCUACAGCUGUCGUACGCAUCAUAG